GCGAUCACUUAUUGCUCUUUGCUGAGUUGAACAAGAGCUACGGAUCUCACAGUAGAACAGUCUUUACGUCAUUCAUCGAGUAUUGGUUUCAAUUAUUGCUCCGAGAACUGAAAGAAAUCUACCUACUCUCUAGUCGAAAUACUUCCUCCGAACCGCAAUCAUGAAGUUCACCACGAUCGUCGCCGCCAUCACCUUGGUCGCCUCGGGCGUCCUUGCUACUCCGUCCGGGGGCAGCAACCUCGUGCGUCGCGACUGCUACGACUGCCACUACAAGUCUUUCAAUGCCGGCCGCUGCGAUGGAAGCUGCAGCAGCUCGGAGGCCGAAGGAAGCGGACAGGUUUGCCGGAAGUGCAUCAGUGGCUGCCCUGCCACGACCGACGCCGAUCGCGGAGCCACACCCGUCGUCAGUUGCUAGAUAUUCCGAGUGGUCUAGCCAUCGGGGAGAGGUACUUGAGAAGAGGUCUGGGUGGGAGAAGAUCGGAGGACUGCCGAUUUUAAUACAAGUUCUUUGCCCAAAUUUGAAUGGUUUCCUUGGAA